AUGGAAAAAAUUGUGGAAAUAAUUGAGGGGUUAAGCAGCUCAGAUAGUCAUAUAAGAAAUGAAUGUGAGAAUACAUUAAAUUUUUAUAAAAAGAAUGAUUUAAAUAAUACAGUGUUGUCAAUACUUAAGUUGUUAAAGAGUCAUAAGGAUAGUCAAGUAAGGUUACAAUGUGCUAUAUUGAUAAGGAAUAUAUUCCGAGCGUAUAUUAAGUCCGCUAAUGUGGAUUCAGGUGAAAAGGAAAAAAACGAUAAUUCUGUAUUAAAUGCAGAUGAAGAAAAUUAUUGGGAUAUAUUACCAGAAAAUUUAAAAAAUAUUGUAAAGUCUGAGCUUAUUAGUAAUUUAAGUACAGAAACAGAUAAAAUAGUAAGAAAUAAUUUAUGUAAUAAUAUAAUUGAUUUGUCGUCUAAGCUACUUAUAAAUAAUCAAUGGCCAGAAUUAUUAUCAGUUACAUUUGAGUUUUGUAAUUCUAAUAAUAAUGAUGUAUUAAUUAGUGGAUAUAAAAUAUUAGGAGGUAUUUUAAGUUGUAUACCAGAUGAAUUAGAAGGGAAACAAGACAUUAUUUCAGCAGUUUGUAUGAAGGGAUUAAAUUCAUCAAGUGUACAAGUUAGAGGGGAAUGUAUAAAUUUAAUAUCAUGUAUUGUAGAAGAUAAUAGUAGUUUAUCAUUAAUAAAAAGUGUACAAGGAUGUAUACCAUUAAUAUUACAAUCUUUAAAUUUGAUGGUUAAGAAUAGCUGUUCAGAUAUAUCAGUUUUAGAAGAAUGUGAAAAGGUCCUUCAGUCUAUUGGGAAAAUGAUAGAUUACAAUGCAAAAUUUUUUUCUAAACAUAUAUCAAGUUUAUGUAAUAUAUUAUUUAGUAUAUGUAUGAAGGAGGAGAAUGAAUUAAAUUAUGAUUUUGAUAAUAGCUUAAAAUCGUUGAGUAUUGAAGCACUUAUUACUAUUCCAGAGAGAAGACCAAAAAUGGCUUUAUCUGUUCCACAUUUUGUAGAAAAAAUUAUACAUUUAUCUAUGUUAUUUAUGUUAGAUAUAAAUAAUGAUUGUUUUAACGAAUGGAUGAAUUCUAUUAAAGAAGGAAAGGAUGACAACCAAGAAUUAUAUGAUAUUGGUGAAGAAUCAUUAGACCGAGUAGGAAAAGCAUUUAGUGAAAUUGAAGAAGCUGAAUUUAUUCAUAUCUUAUAUAAUAAGGUAUCAGAGUUUUUGAUGAAAAAUACAUGGGAACAUAAAUAUGUAGCUAUUAUGGCCAUAGCACAAACUAUUGAGUAUUUACCAGAAGAUGAAAUAGAAGAGCAAUUAGAGCAUGUGAUAAAGAUGCUAUUACAAGUUUUAUUAGAUCAAGAUGUGAGAGUUAGAUAUGCUGCUUGUCAAGCGAUAGGACAAAUAUCGUUAGAUCAUCAACCAUAUGUACAAAAGGAAUAUCCAAGAAGAAUAAUAACUGCAUUAAUAACUACAAUGAAUGAUGUACAUUUGAGAGUUCAGUCUCAUGCUACUGCAGCUUUUGUUAAUUAUGCAGAAGAAUUAGAUAAAGUUUCUUUACUACCUUUUGCUGAUAUGAUUAUAGAUAUAUUGCUACAAAAAUUAAACUCUUCGAAUUAUUUGUUAGUACGUGAACAAGCUGUUACAGCUAUUGCUGUCAUUGCUGGUGUUAUUGAAGAAGAUUUUUUAAAAUACUACUCCACAGUUGUUCCAAUGAUGAAAGAUAUUAUACAAAAAGCUGUGUCCGAAGAAGAAAGAACAUGUAGGGGAAAAGCUAUCGAAUGUAUAUCUAUUAUUGGUUUAUCAGUAGGUAAAGAAAUAUUCAUAGAUGAUGCAAAAGAAUGUAUGAAUGCAUUAUUACAAAUUAGUAGUACGAAAAUGGAUCCAGAUGAUACUGUUAAAGAAUAUAUUCAAGAAGCUAUUGGUCGUAUAUGCAGAGCAUUAGGAAAUGAUUUUUACCCCUAUUUGAGUAGUAUUGUGCCUACUAUACUAUCUCUUUUAUCUGUUUUACCAAAACCAUUAACAGAUGAUGAAGAAGAUUUAACUAUUACUAUGAUGUCAAAUGGACAAUAUGUAGGUUUGAAAACAUCAUUACUUGAAGAUCAAGAAAAAGCACUUGACUUAUUAAUAAUCAUCAUAGAAGUGUUAAAGGAAAAUUAUAAAGACUACAUACAAGCUACAGCAACAGCAGUAUUACCUAUGUUGAAUUAUGAAUUGUCGGAUGAAAUAAAGCAAAAGGCUUUAACGGCUAUUAGUGAACUAAUAGAAGCAGCACGAAUUUUAUCAGAAAAAACUGAUAACAACAAAACUAUGUUGCAUGCAAUUCUAACGGCAGCAGCUGAGAAGGUGUUAAAAAGUUUAUCAGAGACUAAGUUAGAUGAUAACUAUGAGUAUAUACUGGACGUUAUGAUUAUUGAAUCGAAUGGGUUAUACAUGUGUUUGCAAAAGGCAGGUGCAAAUGUGUUACCAGAUGGUACAUUAAAGCUGUUUUUUAAUCAAAUAUUUAAAUUAUUAGAAUGUUCAACAGAUAGAAGAAUUGUAUAUAAUCAAAAAAAAAAUAAUGAAGAUGUAGAUGAAGAUGAAUUAUUAAUAAUUGAUAGAGAAGAAGAAUUAGAACAAAAUUAUAGGACAAAUCUAUUAGAUAUAUUAGGUGUACUAAUUAAAUAUCAUUCUACUCAAUUCUUAAAUACAUGUUGUGAAAUAUGUAUUGCUUUUAUUAAUAAUUAUUUGAGUUCACCUAAUGCCGAAGAUGUAGCUUUAGCACUGUAUGUAUGUGAUGAUUUAUUAGAAUUUUUACAAGAAAAUAGUGUAUGUUUAUGGGAGUAUUUUAUGAACCCAUUGCUUCUUAACAUUAAUCAUACGGAUGAUAAAGUAAAACAAGCUGCAUGCUACGGAGUUAUACAAGCAGCAAAAAUUGAAUCCUUCAACAAAUAUGCAAAUAUUGCUGUUGAGUAUCUUUUAAAGUUAAUUCAUCAAAAUACAUCAAGUAAGAAACCAAAGGAAUUUAUUUCAGCAAUCGAUAAUGCUGUAGCUGCCUUGGGGGAUGUUGUCUUAAUGCAUACAUCUAAGUUUAACAAUGCAGAAGAGUUAAUUAAAGUUUGGUUAAACAAUUUACCAAUUAAAGAAGAUGAUGCAGAGGGUAGGAGGGUUCACAAAAAUUUAAUUGAUUUAGUUUCACAAAAUCAUCCUCUUUUAUUUGGAAAAGAUAAUUCAAACACAGCCAAAAUUAUCGAAAUCUUUUUAACAAUAUAUGAAACCGAUUUUUCAGAUAGUGAAUGUAACAAGAAAAUUGCCUCCUUAAUAAAUUCGCUAGACCAAUCCUAUUUGAGUAAUUUGGCUUCGUCCACUUUGACAAACAAACAGGCGAAGAAGCUCAACCAUAUGGUAAAUAGCUCUAGAAAGUGA